AUGGACACUCUAGACACACAGCUUCGACACACAGCUUCGAACAACCUGCCUGUGAGUGGAUCGAGGUUGACAGCCGCGCCGAUUAGCGCCGUGGCCGAGGAGGAGCCCCAGCAGCAGAGCGCACAGACAACGGCUCUCGGCAACUCGGAACAACCGUUGCAGACGGGCCCACCGGCAGCUCUCCCGCUCAACGCCGCUGGACCCGCGAGUCGCAGCACGAUUGCCAACCUCAUGCGCCUGUCGCAUGUGGCGGGCUGUCCCUGUCACGGAUGCAGCGUCGCGCGCGGCGGCGCCAACCUCGCGCGCGCCGGUCUCAACAUGAUCUCCAAGCACAACGCACAGCCCGGUGCCAACGCGCGCGGCUACGCCACUCCCGUCGACAACCUCGUGCAGAAGGAGUACGCCUUUGAGCUGGCGGCGUCCAACGUGCGCUUUGGCGAGGGCGUCACCAACGAGGUGGGCAUGGACUUUGCCAACAUGAAGGCGCGCAAGGUGGGUGUCUUUACCGACUCCACCGUGCGCGGCCUCACCGCCAUGAAGCAGUCCAUCGAGGGCCUCGAAAAGGCCGGCGUCAAGUACGAGGUGUACGACAGAUGCAGGGUGGAGCCCAACGAAGAAUCCUGGUCCGACGCCAUCAAGUUUGCGCGCGAUCAGGACUUUUCGCACUUCCUCGCCGUCGGUGGCGGCAGUGUCAUGGACACCUGCAAGGUCGCCAACCUCUUUACGUGCUAUCCCGAAGCCGACCUGCUUGAGUUCGUCAAUGCACCCAUCGGUCGCGGCACGCCGAUCGACAAGGUGCUGCGUCCGCUGCUGUGUGUGCCCACCACCGCGGGUACCGGAUCCGAGACCACGGGCACCGCCAUCUUUGACCACACCGCCACCGAGUCCAAGACGGGCAUCGCCUCGCGUGCGCUGCGUCCGCUGCUCGGCAUCGUCGAUCCGCUCAACACCGAGACGUGCCCGACGGCGGUGCACGUCAGUGCAGGCCUCGACGUGCUCUUCCAUGCGCUCGAGUCGUACACGGCCAUCCCCUACAACGAGCGCAUGCCUCGCCCCGCCAACCCCAUCCAGCGCCCCGCCUACCAGGGCCGCAACCCCAUCUCGGACGUCUUUUCGCUCUGGGCGCUCAAGCAGACCGUCAAGUACCUCCCGCGCGUCGCACGCGACCGCACCGACGCCGAAGCGCGCGGUCAGAUGCUCCUCGCCGCCACUUUCGCUGGUAUCGGCUUUGGAAACGCCGGUGUUCAUCUGUGCCACGGUAUGUCGUACCCGAUCUCCGGGCUCAACAAGAAGUUCGGCAAGUAUCAGCAUCCCGGAUACCAGGUGGACCAUCCCAUCGUGCCCCACGGCAUCUCGGUCGCACUCACCGGUCCGGCCGUGUUCGACUUUACCGCUCCCUCGGCUCCCGACCGCCACCGCGAGGUCGCUGCGAUCUUUGAGGGGUACCAGAACGGAAGCGAGGCGACCGACAUUGCGCGCCUGCCCGAUGCAGAGGUGGGCGCGCUCGUGUACGACCGCAUCGCAGCCUUCCUUGCCGACCUCGGCGUGCCGCGUGGAUUGUCCAAGAUCGGGUAUGGAAAUGAGCAUGUAGAGGCGCUCGUCAAGGGCACGAUCCCGCAGAGGCGCGUGCUCGACCUUGCUCCGGGUAUCGGCGACGUCCACGGCGCAGACGGCCACGAACACCUCGCCCGCAUCCUUGAAAAGUCGCUCUCGUACUAA